AUGAUUCCGUACUCUCGCCAAAAUGCUUUCCUAGCUCUCCUUGCUCUUGUCGUCAACCUCUCGUCCUUCGUUCGGGUCGCUGCUGCCCCAUUUCCGAAGAAACACUGGACGCAUGAAGUCGGGCCUCACUCUCAGUGCAUGACGCACGUCUCUUUGGAAGAUCGAGCCGCAAUCGAGGACGGCCUAAUUCUAGCUCGUAGCCUCUUUGAACGCGAUGAGGCAAAUACCGAUGGUGACCUUGACGCUAAUGCGGACGGCGUUACACCCGUCGAUAUUAGCAAAGAAACGUUCGUGUUCAAUGUCAAUUUCAAUGUAGUGUAUACGAACGAGACGCGCGAAGGAGGGUUUAUCUCUGAUGACGAUGUUCGUGCCCAGAUCACCACCCUCAACUCUGAUUUUGCUGGUUCGGGGAUCUCGUGGGUUCUUGUCAACACCUCCAAGAUCCACAAUCCCGAGUGGUUUGUGCAUGCCUACCCUGGGUCUACUCAAGAGAAGGAGAUGAAAAGCCUGCACAACGUCGGCGAUGCGACGACAUUGAACGUGUACACAUUGACCUUCAACGCUACUACCAAAUCUCUUGGCACCGCCUCCAUUCCAUCUGCCUACUACCGCGACCCAAAGAGCGACGGGGUCAUGAUUCGGCACUCAACGGUCACGAACGGCUUCCGCGAGCACUUCAACCUCGGUCGGACGCUUACGCAUGAGGUCGGGCAUUGGUUGGGACUGUUCCACACGUUCGAGGGUGGAUGCGACGACGGUGUCGGUGACAACGUGGCGGACACACCUCCGCAGGCCUCAGGUUCUGAAGGGUGCCCCGUCGGACGGGAUAGCUGUCUCGGAGAUGGGCCAGACUUGAUCAACAACUUCAUGGACUACUCGUACGACUCGUGCAUGAGCGCGUUCACGAAGGGACAGAUUGUGCGGAUGCACGAGGCCGCACGGGCGUUCAGGCGGCCGGGUGGCAAGACGGCACCCCCACCCAAGACCUCAAGCUCUGCAUCCAUCACAACAUCGCUUUCGACAAGCAUGACUGCAAGUGCGAACACGACGUCCACUUCGGUUGUGUCGACCACGCAGGCCGUGACUUCGAUCGAGACCGGCUCGAUCCCAGCCGUGUCGAGCUCUGCAACUACGUCUACGGAACCAAGUACGACCUCUGCGAUCUCGACUACGGACGCAGCUCCGCCUGCGCCUACAACCACCUCGACUGCAACCACCAGCGAUACUUCGAACGAAACAGCCAGAGACACAAAUACACCGACUCCGAUGGCGACUAGCACUGAAGAAGCUUCAACGACACUAGCGGCACCCUCCGAGAACGAGGCAAACGAUACUAGCGAGGCUGCUGCUUCCGAAGACUGA